UUUGUCUCGUGAAGAAUAUAUUAAAUAAAACUGUUCACUAAAUCGUUUUUUUUGCAAAUAAAAGCGAUCAAAACUUUUCAGGGAGAAAGAAAUUUAUUAUAGAAAUGUCUGGCAAGCGAAGAUCUGCGUUCAGUGUGUAUAAAAUGCAAGGAAGAAUGUCCGAAAGCGGUGCAAAUUUGCACACAGAAGACACUCAGUCUCAGAGUGACCAUGAGGAUGUGAAAUCAGCAAAAAUUGAUAAAAAUGAAAACGAAAUAGCCAGUAAUAACAUGCCAGGAGGGAAAAAAGCAAGACUUGUAGAGUCCUCUGUGGAAGGUGGCAAAAAUAACAAAACAGGCAAAAGUAAGCAGUUGUCCAGAGCUUCAAAGCUUCGACAGAGUAUAGGAAACAUUGGUUUGCAUAAAAAAAGGAAGGACAGGAAGAAAAUAGUGAAUGAAAAUGGUGAAAUAUCAGGAACAGACUCUGAUAAGGAUAACAUGAGGAUGAGGAGGGAUACACUAGACAUGUCACCAGGUAUCAAUGUUAAAACAAAGGAAAUGACCUCAACUGGAUUUUUAUGCAAAGUUAACUCAGAAAAUGAUGUUGCUGAACUGCCAAGAAAGACCUUUGAGUGGCUAAUUAGCCCUGUUAAAACUGAGAAAUUUUUCAGUGACCUUUGGGAGAAUAAACCACUCUUGCUCAAAAGACAUGCUGAAGAUUACUAUGAUGGCAUUUUUAGAGCUGAUGAUUUGGAUAGGAUAUUGCGGCAGAAUAAUGUGCAAUUUUCUGUAAACCUUGAUGUUACUUCGUAUAAGGAUGGUCAAAGAGAGACACACAAUCCUUCUGGAAGGGCCUUAGCUCCAGUCGUUUGGGAUUUUUAUCAGAAUGGUUGCUCUGUUCGUUUGCUCAACCCUCAAACAUUUUCAGACUCUGUGUGGAAACUUAACGCAACUUUACAAGAAUACUUUGGCUCAUUUGUCGGAGCGAAUGUAUAUCUUACACCUCCUAACAGCCAAGGUUUUGCACCUCAUUAUGAUGAUAUCGAGGCGUUCGUACUGCAGUUAGAAGGAAAGAAACACUGGAGGCUCUACGCUCCCCGGAGAGAUGGUGAAGUUCUCCCACGUUUUUCAAGCGACAAUUUGCGGGAAGAAGAUAUUGGAGAUCCGGUCUUAGAUAUAGUUUUGGAACCCGGGGAUUUACUAUAUUUUCCACGUGGAACAAUACAUCAGGCAGAUACAUUGGAUGGACCUCAUUCGUUACACAUCACUUUAUCGACAUACCAGAAGACAUCUUGGGGAGAUUUUAUGGAAGAGUUGCUGCCUAAGGCAUUGCAAAACGCUAUUGAGGAAGACGUUGAAUUCCGACGUGGGCUUCCAUUAAACUACCUUAGCUCGAUGGGAUUUACGAACGCCGAAACGUCGAGUAAAGAACGUUCAGAAUUCCUUCGUCGGGUGGAACAACUUCUCAUGAAGUUGAUCUCCCAUCUCCCAAUUGAUGCCGCUGUUGAUCAGAUGGGAAUCAAACACAUUCAUAACAGUUUGCCACCUGUCCUAAAUAGAGAUGAGAAAGAUUGCAGCGUAUUUAACGUCGGCGCACGAUGGCAAGAUGGCCAGAUUACAAAUGCUGUUCAACUCGAUGAAGAUACAGAACUAAGACUGGUUCGUAAAGAUUCUGUGAGACUUGUUGCAGAUGAGGAGGGAGUCACUCUUUACUAUAAUAUGGAGAACUCUCGAGUUUAUCAUGAACAAGAACAACAAUACAUGGAGUUUGCUUCCGAAGGGUCACCAAUAAUUGAACAGAUGAUAAAAGCAUUUCCAAACUUUGUUGAAGUCAAGAAUUUGCCUGGUGAUAACAUGGAUUAUAAGAUUGAUUUGUUAACAAUGUUAUAUGAGAAAGGAAUCGUUAUCACAAAGGAACCUCUAAUUGCCAAUGAUACUACAUGAAUACAUCACAUGCUAUA